GGGGGCGAGGCCCCGAGCCGGCCUCGGAGCGAACCGAGUCCCGCGAAGUGGCUGCGCAAGGAGCGAACUCUUAGCAGGACGGAGGGGCUGAAAGUGGCCAGAACGCCUUGGGAGGACUCAAGACACUGGCGGCUAGGGCCGAGCCGAGGUGUCUGUCUGCUGCCGGCCUGGGGGACAGCGGGCCCCACGGAAAAGUGGGAACAGAAGUUUGGAGGUGAGCGUUGGGAGGACAACUCACGGCUUUUACACAGGCUUGGGUCUUUCUUCGGUUCUUUUGGGGAAGACCGGGGCAAGUGCCCCGUCAGCGUUACGGGACCAGCCAAGGCUACUGUCCCUUAAGACUGCCGGAGUCCUCAGUACCUGUCCAGGGCUCCAGGACAGGCCGUGGUCAUGGUGAAUGAAGAGCCCAGCCUGGAGGAGCGCGAUGGCACCCCUGAGCCGGAGUCCGCACUCCAGACGGACCCCAGCAUCUCCGCCCACCCCAGCGUCUCCAUCCACCCCAGCGUCUCUGGGCACCCCAGCAGUUCGGCCCACCCCAGUACUGUGGCCCAACCCAGUGGCUUGGCCCACCCCAGCGUACCGGGCACGGAGGACCUCAGUGUGAUCAAGGUGAGCAAGCGCCGUUGGGCGGUGGUCCUGCUGUUCAGCUGCUACUCCAUGUGCAAUGCCUUCCAGUGGAUCCAGUAUGGCUCCAUCAAUAACAUCUUCAUGAACUUCUACGGGGUCAGUGCCUUUGCCAUCGACUGGCUGUCCAUGUGCUACAUGCUGACGUACAUCCCUCUACUCCUGCCAGUGGCCUGGUUGCUGGAAAAAUUUGGCCUGCGCACCAUCGCCCUCACGGGCUCGGCUCUCAACUGCCUGGGGGCCUGGGUGAAGUUGGGCAGCCUGAAGCCACAUCUCUUCCCUGUCACCAUCCUGGGCCAGGUCAUCUGUUCUGUGGCCCAGGUCUUCAUCCUGGGCAUGCCCUCCCGCAUCGCUUCUGUCUGGUUCGGGGCUAAUGAGGUUUCAACGGCCUGCUCCAUAGCUGUCUUUGGCAAUCAGCUUGGAAUUGCGAUUGGGUUCUUGGUCCCUCCUGUUUUGGUACCCAAUGUCAAAGACCAGGACGAGCUUGCCUACCACAUCAGCAUCAUGUUCUACAUCAUAGGAGGUGUGGCCACUCUGCUUUUCAUCCUUGUCAUCUUCGUAUUCAAGGAGAAGCCUAAACAUCCUCCCAGCAGGGCCCAAUCCCUGAGCUAUGCCUUGGCAUCCCCUGAUGCUUCGUACUUAAGUUCCAUCGUCCGGCUCUUCAAAAACCUCAACUUCGUGCUGCUUGUCAUCACCUAUGGUCUGAAUACUGGUGCUUUUUAUGCCGUAUCCACUCUGCUGAAUCGUAUGGUGAUCUUACACUACCCGGGGGAAGAAGUGAAUGCUGGAAGAAUCGGCUUGACCAUUGUCAUUUCGGGAAUGCUUGGGGCUAUGAUCUCAGGCAUCUGGCUGGAUAGGUCCAAAACCUACAAGCAGACAACCCUGGUGGUCUAUAUCAUGACUCUGGUGGGCAUGGUGGUGUACACAUUGACCUUGAGCCUGGGACACCUGUGGGUAGUGUUCAUCACAGCUGGCAUGUUGGGCUUCUUUAUGACCGGCUAUCUCCCGCUGGGGUUUGAGUUUGCUGUGGAGCUGACAUACCCAGAAUCAGAAGGCAUGUCAUCUGGCCUCCUCAACGUGGCUGCCCAGGUAUUUGGGAUCAUCUUCACCGUCUCCCAGGGCCAGAUUAUCGACAACUAUGGAACCAUGCCUGGGAACAUCUUUCUGUGUGUGUUUCUUACCCUCGGAGCAGGCCUCACUGCAUUCAUCAAGGCAGAUCUCCGGAGGCAGAAAGCAAACAAGGAAACUCCUGAGAAUAAACUCCAGGAGGAGGAGGAGGAGAGCAAUACCAGCAGAGCACCCACUGCCAUAUCUGAGGAGCAUCUCUGAGAGAAGAAGGCGGUUGCGACUCAGGGAACACAGAGACUACCCACCUCUUCAGUCAGCAGAGUCCUCACUGCCAGCACAAAGGUUUUCGCUAGAGCAGCUUUUGGAGGGAACCGGCUGGAACGUUUGUGGCUUUGAGAGCAGUGCCUGUGCCUCCUGGAACCAACUCAAGAGCCUGCAUGGUCUCACUGGGGAAAGUCGCACCUUUCACCAGAGGCACAUCCUGCCCCCUCCUCUUGGGAUUCUGGGAGCUGGUGUUGGGAGAGGCUAGUGAGUAGGGGCGCCUGGCCUUCCCUCUUCACCUCCAUCCCUCAUGGAGAAAGCCUGCAAAAUUAUCACGGAAAGAAAGCUUAUUCAGGAUAUUAACUUUUUCUAGUAUCUUAAGACCCUUAGAAGCCCAAUUCUCAGGAGUGGCAACUGCUCUGGAUGAGGGUCAUUCUUGGGUCAUCAGACUCAUGGCUAUCGUUCUGUGGGCGGGAAAGCACCAUCAAAACAAGCUCCAUCAGAACAAACCUGUCAGCACUCUGAGCCUAGAGUCUUCUGGCCUAGUGCUGGAGUCUGUCUCCAAACCCUCUUUCCUAUGAGCUGGUCAAACCAAUGUCAAUAAACUUGAGAAAACCUUUGCGGUCAUGAAGGAGAAACCAAUUUGGGAGAAGUUAAUGGCCUAGGUGCGUGAGGGUGCUGGGGCUACCUGCCGAGUGUGUUUGUGAAGGCCUGUGUUUGGGAAUUCUGGUAGCUUGAUUUGGGAACAGGGAGGUUCUUUUCUGCAAAAGAAGUCAUGCCCCAGGGGCUUCUGUGUGUGUCAGUCACCUCUGAUGCCUUCCUAUGGUCACGGCCUUGAGAGACUUAGUCACUGGCCUGGAAAGGGAAAUACCAGCCAACUUCCUGUAACCUUUAUUGAAAACUAACCUUCAUUUACUUCGCCCUGAGAAAUCCGAAGCUGCUUCUGACCGAUAAGAAGAAAGGGGCGGAAGGAAAGUGGCCCUUAAAAUGGGGAUUGAGUGGUCUGCAAGAAUUAAGUGUAUCCCACCUCUGGUGGGGACAGUAUUUGCACACCCACCCCCUUCUAUCAAUAAUUUUUAUCGGUUCUAAAUUUAAACCAACCCAAACUGCCCUCCUCUGCUGCCUAACCUGCUGUCUGUCUCUACUCAGGGGCUUGGGUAGCAUCUCCUGAAAAUAAGACAUUUUGGUAAUUUCUCCUGUACAUUGAACAGCUACAGUCAUGACCACUGUGCCAUUUUGCUGUGGCGCCUGCCCUGGACUCAGCAUAUUGGAGCAGCCUGCACUGGCAACAGUGCUGGGGUGCUUGGGCCAGUGCCCGAGGGGAGCCAGGGUGUGUGUGUGUGUGUGUGUGUGUGUGUGUGUGUGUGUGUGUGUGUGUACAGACACUGUACGUAAUAAAAGAAGUUCAGACUUCAGGUGGCGGGGGGAAGUGCGGUAGGGGUGGAAGAGAAAUGGAGAGAAAGUAUGCCUUACUUUUUGAUAAGGCGAAAGGUGUUUUCUCUUCAGACUCUUAAAAUAUAUUAACAAAAUGUUUACUGAAUCCAUUGCUUUAUUUUAAAAAUAUGAUUUGUAUUUCCUAUUUGUAAACCAGAUGUUUUAGGGCAGUAAAAGAUUGUCCACGUGGUCUGUCUUGUUAUUUGAUGGGGCAGAGAUGGCCUUCCGUAGUCCCCACGAGAUUACUGCACGUUUCUGAGGAUUGUGACUAAGGCGUGGGAAAGGGCUGGAGGGGUGGCGGGUGGGGGCUAGAGGACCACAGAAGUGGUCCUGCGUUUACAUAGAUGUCACCGUUCUCGUGGGUUAGUUUUAAAAGACAAGAUUGUAAAGGUUACUGUCGGCCUACGUGGGUGACUGCAACUCAGCAUCCAACUCAUGACCCUGACCGCUUCUCGUAGUGUGUACACAUGAAGAAGGUUCGCUGAAUGUGACCGCUGAUGAGAGAGCCCACUGUUAUUUCUGGCUCUGCUUCAAAGGGUGGCUGAAGUGUUUGUUCUACAGUCACCCCAGCCACGCACCAGCUUGCUCAGGCUGGAGUCCAGUUUCCGCAUCUGCAGUUCUGUGUUACGAUUUUCCUUCUGACCUGUCCAACUUACUGCCAUCCUCUCCUUCCCAACCUAGUUCGCCUUCUGUAUCACUUGGAUAUGCUGCUACCAGUUUUCUGUACAUUUCUUGCCUAGAGAGUCACACUACCUGUGGCAUUCUGGCUCAUAUCUGUUGGCAAUUCUACUUUAAAUCAUCUGGGAACGGAGCCAAGUCUGGGCUGUUCAAGAAAUCUAAUAUUCAUAGUGUCUGCUAACUACUGUCCAUCAUCUCUUAGAUCCUGUGGGAUCUUGUCUUUAUUUAUCUGGAAUCACCUUUCUGUGAUGAUCCAAAUCAUCUUAUGCUUUCAUUUGCUCCUUUCUUGGGUACCAUGUGGAUCUCCACUCAAACGUUAUCUCUGUAAGAUCAUUGCUUUUCUUCCUGCUUCCUUACAAUAGUUGGUAAGGGAGAGACAGUUCUUAGCAUGGAGCUAUUUUUCUAGAUGUAGUAUUGUGGGGACGUGAGUGGAAGUGCUGCAGCCACGUUUGGCACCAUCAAGGAAGCCAGCCUGAGAAUGAAGCCAACACAGGUGGGUGGAGCCACAAGAAAUGGUGCUGAGAAAUGGAGCUGAAUCCUGAUCCAACCAUUCCUGAGGCCUGUAAUCCUCGUAACUUUCUCAUUUGGUGAGCCAAUGUUCUCUUGAUUGUUUAAGCUAGUUUAAGGUAGAUUUUACUCCUUUCACCAAGACAGCCUUAACUGAUAAUUUUCAAUGCAUUUAAGUAUCAACUUUAAGCUUCCAAUCCUGCCCUACAAGUUCCCUGCCUCCCUUUAUCUCUUCCUAACUUCACCAUACUGUAGUGACACUGAUCUUAGUAGUGAGCAAGACCGUCCCUUGCCUUCCAGACGCUGUGCAGUGCCUUAAAUACCUGAUGCAUAUCUUAAGACAUGAUACCUGGGCAUUCAAGUCCCAACUAAAAUCUUACCUCCUAUUUCCAGAUGAUGAAAGUUAUGCAUUCCCCACCCUUUCUGGAUGACAGUACUUGUUUUCUAAAAUUCUUAUCUCUUAAGGUGUUCACUUGUUGGCUUGUUUAUUGCCUGUUUCCUUGACGACAAUGUAAGGGUCACGGGAGCAGGGUCAUUCAUUUCUCUUUCCCAAGUGUCUGGUGUGCGGUAAGUGUUCAAUAAAUACCUGUUGAAAGAAUAAAUGGGCUCUCCAGUCCACACUCGGUGUGUGAGGGCUCAGCCAAUGGGGAGCCCCGCGGGGUUGUUUGGAGGGCGACUGCUCUAGUGCGUUAUCCUUGGGGUUCCUUUUCAUUGUUAUGCAGCUGUUUCUUCUAUGCUGCCUGUUUUUUGUGUUUUUUUUUUUGCCUCUGCUUCCUCAAGAAUCUGUUUCUUAGGAAGAAAACUAGAAAGGGUCCUGACGUUCAGUUAUGAACUCAGAAUCUUAUAGGUGGGGAAGGAGAGGAGGAAGAUUUGACUUCAAGGGAAAUGGACAAGUGACACGAGGAGCCGGAGGCAGCCAGGUUUGCCUGGGUUUGGGGCUGUCCUACUCACUGUGGUGUGUUUGAUCAGCAAAAA